AACAAAUAAAAAGAAAAAGAAAAAGAACACUCCUCCCUCCAAUCUGCAGAGCCAGCAGUGGCCCUGCCUCUCCAUGGUAUUCCACCUGUACCUGCCAUGAAAGUGCGACGCCGUUUGGCCUUUACUUUCGUUCGAAACUUCUGCUCGUUGUGUCUCCGCCCCAGUACAAACAAGAUGGGGGAUACUAAAAUGCCCGGGCCAGAGCUGCCUGAUGGUUCAGAAAUAGAACUUGUCGAUGCUAGCAUUCAAGAGCAAGAGUCUUCUGCCCUGCCAAAUGAUAAGACCCUUACGUUGCCUAGUGAUGUACAUAUAACUGACAGUCAAGAUUUGCCUGAUGCAUCUGUUGAUAAAGUCCCUGCUGAUGCAAACACCAUUGCUGCUGGACCUGAGGAGCCACAGGCAGAUAACAGGAAUGGUGAUGUUACCCUUACUGAAAAUGAGCCAGAAACUGCCAUUUCCAUUCCUAAAGAGGAACCUUCAAAUCCUAUUUCAAAAGGGGACGCUUCAACUACUAGUCCUAAAGAGGAGCCGUUGGCUUUGACUCCUAAACUUGGAGGCGGAAGUGUAGGAAAGUCCAAUAAUUGGCUGUUGAGUGAUUCUGAGAUGGGAGAGGCUGAUGAAGCGGGGACACCAGAGGAACGACUAGCAUUCAUGAGGGAGCUGGAAAACUUCUAUAAGGAGAAUGCACUGGAAUUUAAAGCUCCUAAGUUCUAUGGGGAGCCACUAAAUUGCCUUAAGUUAUGGAGAGCUGUCAUUUCAUUGGGUGGCUAUGAUGUGGUGACUUCAUCCAAGUUGUGGCGGCAAGUUGGAGAGUCUUUCCAUCCUCCAAAGACAUGCACUACUGUCUCCUGGACAUUUCGCAUUUUCUAUGAGAAGGCACUUUUGGAAUAUGAAAAGCAUAAGAGACAAAAUGGCAAGCUUCAUCUUCCUGGUUCAUCCCUUCCUCAGCCUUCCAUUGUUGAAAAGGAGGUAAGCAGCCACCAAGGUUCAGGGUCAGGUAGGGCACGAAGAGAUGCUGCAGCUCGUGCUAUGCAGGGUUGGCAUGCUCAACGUCUUCUUGGAUAUGGUGAGGUUACCGAGCCUAUUAUUAAGGACAGGAGCUUAAAUUCAACAUCAAGGCGUGAGAAACAUCUCAAAAGCAUUGGCUUACAAAAACAGAAGACAGCUACGAACUUCGAGCAUCACGAGAAACAUGGAAAUAGCGAAGCAGAUAAGCAGGUGAUCACAGAAAUUGUUGAUGUUGGCCCCCCUGCUGACUGGGUGAAGAUAAACGUGCGUGAAAGUAAAGAUUGUUUCGAGGUGUAUGCAUUGGUCCCUGGGCUUCUGCGUGAAGAGGUGCGAGUUCAAUCUGACCCAGCUGGACGAUUGGUUAUAACAGGUCAACCAGAGCAGAUUGACAAUCCUUGGGGCAUUACACCCUUUAAGAAGGUUGUCAACUUACCUGCAAGAAUUGAUCCGCUUCAGACAUCUGCUGUUGUUAGCCUGCAUGGCCGACUAUAUGUACGAGUUCCCUUUGAGCAAGGAUCGCUCUGAACUUUUCCUUAGCGUCAUGAGUCAGGUCAAUCAAUUUUCCUGUAUAGGGAUCAAUUAAAAUUCUUAGGAAAGAUCAAGGCAUGUAGGUCUGUAGGAAUUUCUUUGAAAAAAUGUAGGCCCUUUGGAACUAAACACAGUCCUUUUGAUCAGUCAUUUGCCCCCAACUAGCAUUCAUCUUUUUUGCGAUUGUUAAAUGAAUUCAAAUGACUAACCAUAUCAAGGCAGAUAAUUUCCAUUGCA